GGGGCAGGGGCUGCGGGGCCCGGGGGCUGCGCGGGGCCGUGCGCCCCCGCUGCCUCCGCCGCUAACGGAGAGCAGGAACGCGAUGUGACACGUCUAAUGCUUAGGCCCGGAUUGGCGGCGUAGCUGAAAUAAUUCCCCGAACGACCCCCUCUUUAUUAACUUCUGCGUUCCCCGCGCUCCCCUCCCGCUCGCUCCGGGCGAGGCUGGAGCUGUUGAGCCUGCCUGUGACAGGUACCUGCAUCCAGCGUCUGCAAACGAAUCCGGUGGGACGGAACAGUGCAGGAUUUUACAGGGGCAGUCCGUGCAGUGCUGGAUACCCAAAUUGCAGGUUUGAUGGAGUCAUCGGGGGUUUGUUCUGAUUUUAAACUUUUAUUGCGGCAGGUCCCUCUCCACCAAAUUCUUUUUUUGUACGGAGAAACGCUGUGGACAAUAGGUGACGUGAGAUGCCCUUGGGGACAGAAGCUGGAUGGUUGUUAUGUUGUGUCAUCCCCCCAAAUUUCUUGCCCUGUUAAAAUGUCCAUAACCAAAGGCUGUCGCAGGUAAAAUGUUCAGGAUCAAGACUGCAUGUUUGCAGCUCUGGGUCCGAUCUCCCACCACAGAACAGGACUUGUUAUUGUCCAAGUCUGAAUUGCUCUUUUUUCAUUUAAUAACCAGGCUCCAAGCUUCCACACCUAAGCUGCGUCUUGGCUAAGCAAUUCUAGUCCUCCAACCUGCAAAAUGGGUCCCUUAAUGUAAAAAAUCUGUAGAUUUUGCACAAGCUGUGCAAACACAACCUGUAAUUCAUGGCAUCUUGUCCAAGCUAAUGCAAAGCAGCGCUGUGGGACCAUAUGAUGACUAAAAUGUGAGUGUGCCUCCCAGCAUGUGUGUGCUUCCCACUGCUCCUGCGAGCAGCAGGGCUGCCGGGCGGGUGGCAGCCUUUGGAAGUCGGGGAAGAUCAUCCUGGUGUGGAUGUUGCUGUGGGAGUUUGCAGUGCAGUCCCUGCCCAGUGUCUCUCACCUCACCUGAACCCGUGGCGUGGCGGUUGUGCCGUCCCCAGCCCAGGCUGUCAAGGGAGCAAUUCAGGAGCCUGACUGUCGGUCGUGUGUGUAGAGAAAAGAUCCUUCGUUUUCAAAGUCAGUCUCUUUUAAGAUGUUUAGAUAAACUGGACCACAAUUUAUGUUGAUUGAAAGAAACAGUCACUUCACUAGGAGCAGAGCGUAAUUCUGAGCUGCCAAAGCACUACAGCCAGUGCACACAAACGUGAUGGCCAGGUUCCUUACUGCGGGAAAUAGAAAAAGCAUUCAUGGAAGCUGGAUGGAGAGAAGAAAUAUUUUAUUGUGCUGCAAAGGAGAUUGUGAUCAUUGUUUUAUUUCGAAAUAAAAGUAUAGUGCAGCAUCAAAAUUCAAUUGGCAAUCCAGGUUCCUUACAAACGUGGGGGAUUUUAACACAAAGAUGUCUAGUUGGACUUAGCUCUAUGUGUAAGAAUGAUACUGUGUUCUGUGCUCAUUAUGCUCUGUUGAGAAAUUUGAUCUACAAGUGAUAAAGAUGCUGAAAGUGCUUUCCAGUGGGAGGAACACAUUGCCUGUAUUGUUAUUAAUUUCUGUGUCCCUGUUUUAUUUCAUGGAGGCAAGUAAUAAAAAUGGAGUGUAACCAUUCAGAACAUCGAGAAGCUUCUAACCCGAGUCAGUUCUGCAUUGAAAUCAGAUGGUGGUGUCCACAGUGUAGCACUGGGAGCACAGAUUUGGGGAGGUGGGAGCUGGGGUUGCAGCUCUCCCUCGCUGCUGCCAGUGCUGUUCCUGUCACAUGCUGCGGCUGCACAGUCCCCUGCUCGCACUGCAGCUGCCUCUCUGCCGUGUGCCACUCACAUCUCCCCUCUCCUUGCAUCACUUUUAUUCUGGUUUAGCUCUGUUGGCUUUAAAUGGAGUUGUUGAUGAUCUGCUGCGGCACAGAUGGAUAAUGGGAAUUCAUUGGAUCAUCUGGACACGUUACUUUGUUGGCUUAUCUUUUAUUCUGCGUGGUGUGCUUUGGGCAAGGAAGAGCUCUGGUGUGAAGGUCUGUUCUGAGGUGGUCUUACUGCCUAAAGAGCUGAAAUGUAACUGAUCUUAAACAAAAAACCUCCAAGGCCCCCCUGCCAGCCUCCAAAGCACACUACAGCUCUUGGAGUCUGACCAGAAAAACCUGGGUGUUGAUGGCUUUUUUCACAGAACUUUUUGCAGUCCUCAUUUUUUCAUAAAAGUGUUCUUUUGGAGCAAUCCUUGUAGAAGGAAUUUUCCUUGGUGUCCUUGCAUAAGAACAUUCUGCAGGCUUGGCUUUUGUAGCUGACCUGCUCUCCUUUAGCACAAAAGCUCUGUUCUGGAUGUGUAGUUUUUAAACAGGCUGGAAACAGAGGUAUGGAAUGGGGUAUGUGUUGCAGCAGGAGGAAACAGUUCAAAGGAAUGGACCAAAUUGUAUGUGGGAGCUGCACAGAGGGUCAAAUUGAGGUCUGGUUCUGUAAAAUAUGUAAGGAAGUUGCCAACACAAAUAUUACCUUGCAGUUUACAUGUGCUGAGAGAACGCAGCACAGCCCUGCAGCAGGGAUGGAACAGAGUAACCAUCAAUCUGGAUCCCCGAGGAUGUCAGUCAGGAAAGGAAGUGUGUGGUGCCAGAAAGCCUGGAUGGAACUGCAGGUUUAGAGGACUCGUUGUUUGAAGUAUUUUUAAUUAUUGCUAUUAAUAUAAUGGAACACAGACUGGAAGCUGAAUUUUUUAAAUAUAAUUAAAGCAGAAGUCAGCAGAGGGAUUUCUCUGCUGUGAGACAGAGGCACGGUCCAGCAGCAGUCCCUGCUCAGGAGGCUGAAUUCCCAGAGUGAUGAUACUCUCCAUGCAAUUCCCAACCUUGCUGGCAGCUCCUGCCAUACACUGGUUUGGAGGGAAGAAGUGAACUGAAGGGAUCAGAAGGCUUUCCCAAGCUUGUCCUGCGUUCUCCUUUGUCGGAGUACGAUUCCAGUUGGAAGGCAGCCAUUGGCACCUUGGCCAAGGAUGGGAACAGGCUGCAGAGUGUGGCGAGAGCUGCCCUCCAGAUCGGGCACUGGUCUCAGCUCCAUCUGGGCCAGCCAGUAAAUCAUUGGCUCGCUGGAAAGGAGCCUCUCCGUCACGUUGCUGUACAGUGCAGCUUGAUGUUUGCUGUUCCAUUUUGAAUUAAUGAAUUAAAUUCUUCGAUAGUGAAUCAAAGAGUUAAAACAUCAGUCGUUGGAGGAAAGAAAGAAGAAAAUCUUUCUUGCAACUGGGAUGCUUUUCAGGAACUUGGCUGCUCGGGAGGCGAGAGGCAUGUGCUUUUCCGCCCUGCUCUGGGUGAUGGCUUAGUUCAAGGGGGCCCAGAUUUGGCUCAGUCAACAGUUGUGUUGGCGUCUUGCCACCAAAUGUGCAUAAAAUGGAGCUGACUGCAAUUCCCUCCUCACUCCAACAUGGAGGGGCAGCCGGAGAGACCCGAGGCCUGCGGUGCCGUGCCGUGGGUUGGCUUGGCUGUGAGGGCUACCCUGGGAUGUGUGAUCCCUGCAGCACAAGCUGUUGCACUGUGACUGGAUCCUUGCUUUUGAGUCCCAGGGUUGUAUUUUGGUCUCUUGUCAUAACUAAUGCAUUUCAGACCUGCUUGUGCCUGUGCUCCCAAAAUCUCUCUCCCUUCUCACAGUGGCUUACGUGCUUUUGUGCUUUUCCAGCUGUAUGAGGUUCAUCUCUCAUUUGCAGACUCUCCCUAUGGUUCUGUGGCUUAUGUGCAUUACCACAAAAUCAAGAUAAAACGAAACUGGCAUUUUAGCUGCUUCGAGAACAUUGUGUGUAAAUAAACCACUAAAUAGUUCAACCUGUGAAAUGUAAAUACACACAGCUCACUGCCACAGCUGAUGGUGUUUUUCUGUCUCCCUUCUACCCUCCCACCCUGCCAAGAGUGGGCCAGCCUGAUGUUCUUUUUUCUCUUGCUCUUUCAUACAAUGCAAAUGACUGCUAAGUACCAUGUAGGUGGUAUGCAGGCACCACGACAGAUUCAUGAUUUGAAUUUGGAUAAAAGGAAAUACUUGCAUCCUCUUCCACAUUGCUUCUGCACCAUCUUUUGGAGAUUCCUGGGCUCCAAUGACCCAGAAAUUCUGCCUCGGUCUGACUUUGAGCUUGAGCCCAUUUUUAGUAGCGAACUGGUGAAGUCAGUAGAAGAGCAGAGGCCCAACUGUGAUGACAUUUUUAGCCUGUGCCCUUUGUUCAUCCUAUACACAAAAGGUCGUGAACUGCAGUGAAAAAGGGAUCACAGAGGGCGCAGAAUGGACAAAAGUGGAACAAAUUACCAGUGGCAGAAACAUAAAGAAGAGAAGCGAAAGUUUUGUGUUCUGAAGGUGAUUGAAGAAGGCCACGUGCAUCCCGUGGUGAGAUCAUGUCUCUUGUAUUCAAAGUGAGUCUGCCCAGAGUGAAUUCAGAGUCUGCUGGUGAGGUGUGGCUUCCAUGAUCUCAAUGUAGGAGGCAGGAAGGGACUACACGGUUUCCAUGGUGUGAUGUUAAUGAGCUCCGUGUUUCUCUGGGAGAAAAGAUGCCAAAGCUGCAGUUCUGGUUACAGACAGGUGUGCUUUAAGCAAUAAAGGGACUUUUAAAGACAUGCGAAACAAAUGAAAAGCCUGAUUCUGUAGACAAAGCACUGAGAAGUGUUUGCAGAUCUUCUCAUCUUCGAUGUGCUAAGGAAGGAAAUACAUCUUCAUGUGAAAGUGGCGAACUUUCGGUUUGCAGUAAUAAAAUGUGUGUAACUUGUAUAAGCCCUUUUCCUUGUGCACUCCAUGUGUGCCCCAGAGCAGUGAGCAGAGCUGGGACACAAACACACUGCUUGUUCUCUGAGCUCGCCCUGGGCAUCGCUGUCCCCUGGGACUGAGCCCUGCCAGAGCCCAGGUGUGGGCUCAGCCUGCUCCCAGAUGCUUCCUGCAGCAUCCAGCAAGCUGCUGGAAGAGGAGCUGGGUGCAUCUGGGAGAGCUGCAGCCACUGCAGUGCAGACAUGCCCCGAGGUGAACAGUGUUUGGGAUGAGGAAUGUCCAUGUUCGGUUCCAAAUUUUACUAAAAACCUUAAAAUAAUAAAGAAAUCCUUUUCCCCUGCCAUGUAUUUUAUGAAAAAAUGGUUUGAUGUAUAACUGCUCAUUGCCAUUUCCUCUGGAGGCCUGACUCCAACAGGCUGUGAGGUUGUUGGUGCGUGUCUGGGGGAAUUGCUAUUUAUUUAUCUCAGUGUUUCUUGGGUAGAACUGAGUGGUGUCUCAGGAACUUCAGGACAGUGGCUCUCAAUGGAGAAUUAGGUAUUCUGACGAGAGGAGUGAAUUUGGGCUCUAAUGAAUUUUGUGUUGUCUGAGGCUCUGUCAGGACUAGCACUCUGAGCAGAUCACAUGGAAACACACAGAUGGUUUUCCCAAAACGUGCAGUAUAGCUUUGAAAGAAAACAUGAGACAAGUGUGCCAGUCUGUAGAAGAAAAGGAGAGGCAAAUAGAGAGCCAAGGUAUAUAUCCUGCUUGAUGACAGUAAGAUCAGCUGGUUUUUGGAAGAGAUUUGAGAAGUGAUGGUUCCAGGCUUUGGGUAUCAGUGAUGAAGAGCUUCAUUUUAUCUGUGUUGUUAAUUUGCGGAUAAGAAAUAGAUACCAGCUGGGUGUCUGGCUUUGUAUCACGUCCCCUUUUGGCAGUGAUGCUGUGGGAGAUGUGUCAGGAUGAAAAGUGGAAAAAGAGCUGGUCUCUGACUCGAGGUUUGACAGCUUUAAAAUCCUGAUAGACUGGAACGUGUUUUCCACCGUUGGUUUCUGUGGAGAGCAGAGAAGUUUGGGGAGAAUCCUGUAUCAACAAGAUGUACAAAGUGUGUUUGGUUUUGGUUUUUAGUACCACUUGCAUCUCUAAGUGAGGAGUGGGAAGCAUUUGAAAACCAGUCAAGAUCCCACAGCUGAGCAGAAGUAAUGCUUAAAGAGGCAGGUGAAUUGUACAAGUGCUCUGUCAAGAGGUCAAGAUGCCAUGUCCAGCCAACUCUGCUGUGCAGCUCUGGAAAACUGCUCCUGGUUCUGUCUGUCUUCACUUUUAUCUAGAGCUUGUACCCUGCUGACAUCUGCCCAAGCACUGUGCCCUACAGUCACAGCGAAUCCUCGGUGCCCCGAGGUUUUAUUUGCUUGUACGUGUCAGGUGUGAAGUUAUGACCCCCCUCUUCUACCAGGGAGCUCAGUGGUGGGUUACAGUGAUCCUGGCUCUGUAAUAAAUCUAAAAGGAUGUGCCUGUAAUACACUUAUUUAACUAUCCAUGCUGGACUUGCAUUGUCAGCUUGAUUUUCCUGAACCAGAGCGUUCCUUCGCCGCUCACAAAGCCUGCCUUGCUUUGCAGGCCUGAGUCCUGGGGUAGGGCCAGUGGGGAGUGCAUACCAUUGACUUCAGCACUUUUUCCCUUCCAGCUAAGCCUGGAAAACCUUAGCCAAGAGACGGCAAACCACAGGGAAGUGGAGAGUGUGUGAUGUAAGUGACAUCUGACUUUAAAAAUAUUGGCCAGCACCAUGAAACCUCCGUCCUGCCCCGUGCCCUCCUCCCGCUGCCCUUCGGCUCCAGCUGCCUUGGACAGUCGUGCCAUCCUCUGGGAUGUCUCUAAAGCUCUGCUACCCAGGGUGCUGCAACGGGGUGAAUUUGUAAAAUGUAUUAAUGUACUGCACUUAGCAAACCUAGAAUCUUGUGUUCUGAGAGUGCGUUGGAAGAACCUGGCAUGCCAAAUGUGGGACUUGGACAGCACAAUUUUUCUGCCUUGUAUGGCCUGAGGAGUUGUUAAAAUCUUUGAGAGAAUAAUAAGUUCUGCUGGAAUUCACCAUUUUCUGACUUAUUUUAAGUCUUUUAAACCAAUAUUUCAGUGUCUCCUUUUGCAGACUCUGGAGAUAAUUUUUUUUAACAUGUGCUACUUAAGAAAAAUUGUCAUGCAAAACAGCUGAACAGUUUCUUUUGCAUGAAAAAAGCAAAAAGCUUCAAACACAGAACAAAAAAUAAAGUAGGUGAUAUUCCUGGUAUAGCUGGGCUGUCAGAACUGGGAGAACUGUCUCUUUUGCAGACAAGGAGCACAGAUCCAUGGGGAUAACUUCAAGUGUCAAAGGGAAGGAGAGGUCCACGUGGUUGUACUCCUGGCUGCAUUUUAUUUAUAUUGUUCAUUUGGAGCUGAGCAGUCCCUGAGGAAAGGGCGAUGUCAGGAGCUAUAUUCCUCCCUUUGCUGUGCCCACUUGCUGUUCUAAUAAUAAUUCUCCCUCCUGUCUGUACUGCUGCUGCAUUACAACACAGUCCUUAGUGCAGGGAGCACCUCCUCCUCUCCCGAGCUGCUCCUGAUAGUGGCUCUUCCUUUGUACACCACCAAAUACCACCCCCUCCGGAGCAUGAUAAGCCAAAACCAGUGCAUGAGAUACCUAAUUUUAUUUUCUUUCUCUGUCAGCUGGAAAAGCCAGUUUUGCCUAUUUUUCCUGCCUUCUGAUACUUUUCAGAUUUGCAGGCUAUGGAUUUUCUAGUGUGUCUUCUGUUGAUUGCAUACAUGGCCUCUUCACAGUGGGUCUGGUGGACCUCCUCCACGUGCGAACUGCUCGUUUAAAAAAACAGACAAAACCCAAGUUGGUUUUACUUGCCUGUGUCAGGGCUAACACUCGUUCUGUUGGCCAGUGUUGGCAGUGGUUGGGGAGUGUAACUUAAGGGUAACAUAAAAUAAAAUCUGCUUUGCCAUGAGAUUAAAGGACAGACACACAGACUGUAUGAAACAUGCUUUGCCAUUUAAAGCAAGCUCCUGAAUUUUUGCAAAUGUGUCUGAAGCUGCUCUGGAGUGCCUGGAUUACCACGCGGAGUGCGCAGAACCCACGGCCUCGCCGCAGGAUUUAGGUCACCCUUGCUGAGGAGCACACAGGUCCCAGGGUAUUGUCCUCUUCCUGGAAUUCCUGAAUCACCUCCUGGCUACUUCUGACCUCUGGUUUUUAGGAUUGAGUUUGCUCUAAAAGAAAUCAUGUCAUCAGGAGGAGCUGAAGAUGAUAUUCCUCAAGCAGAGAGGAAAACAGUGACAGACUUUUGCUACUUAUUGGAUAAGUCUAAGCAGCUCUUCAAUGGCUUAAGAGAUUUACCUCAGUACGGGCAGAAGCAGUGGCAGUCCUAUUUUGGGCGAACGUUUGAUGUUUACACCAAACUCUGGAAGUUCCAACAGCAGCAUCGACAAGUAUUGGACAAUCGGUAUGGGUUGAAGAGGUGGCAAAUUGGGGAAAUUGCUUCCAAGAUUGGGCAGCUCUAUUACCAUUAUUACCUGCGCACCUCAGAAACCAGCUAUCUCAAUGAGGCUUUCUCCUUCUACUCAGCAAUUAGGCAGAGGUCAUACUACUCCCAAGUCAACAAAGAGGACAGGCCUGAAUUGGUGGUUAAGAAGCUGCGUUACUAUGCAAGGUUUAUAGUGGUUUGUCUCCUGCUCAACAAAAUGGAUGUUGUAAAGGACCUUGUAAAGGAGCUGUCAGAUGAAAUCGAGGACUACACUCACCGUUUUAAUACUGAAGAUCAGGUGGAGUGGAACCUGGUUCUUCAGGAAGUGGCAGCAUUUAUUGAGGCAGACCCUGUCAUGGUUUUAAAUGAUGACAACACCAUUGUAAUCACCUCUAACAGGCUUUCUGAGACAGGAGCUCCGUUGCUGGAGCAGGGGAUGAUAGUGGGACAGCUUGCUCUUGCAGAUGCGCUCAUUAUUGGGAACUGCAACAACCAGGUGAAGUUCAGUGAGUUGACAGUGGACAUGUUCCGCAUGCUGCAAGCGCUGGAGAGGGAACCCAUGAACUUGGCUUCACAAAUGAACAAACCUGGAAUGCAGGAAUCGACAGAGAAACCAGCAAGGCGGGAAAACCCCCAUAAAUAUCUCCUUUAUAAACCAACUUUUAGCCAGCUAUACACAUUUUUAGCAGCAUCAUUUAAGGAGCUGCCUGCAAACAGUGUGCUGCUGAUUUACCUGUCUGCCACGGGCGUGUUCCCAUCAGGUCGUUCGGAUAGUGAAGGUCCAUAUGACUUUGGGGGUGUUCUGACAAACAGUAACCGGGACAUUAUCAAUGGGGACGCGAUCCACAAGCGAAACCAGUCGUACAAGGAGAUGCACUGCCUCCACCCUGGAGAUCUCUACCCUUUCACCAGAAAGCCUCUGUUCAUCAUCGUGGACUCUUCCAACAGCGUCGCCUAUAAGAAUUUCACAAACUUAUUUGGACAGCCAUUGGUGUGCUUGCUUUCUCCAACAGCAUAUCCAAAAGCAUUACAAGAUCAGUCUCAGCGGGGUAGCCUCUUCACACUCUUUCUGAACAAUCCUUUAAUGGCAUUCCUGUUUGUCUCUGGAUUAUCAAGCAUGCGCAGAGGAUUGUGGGAGAAGUGUCAGGAUUACCUUAGGAAAAUCAACCGGGAUAUUGCCCAGCUGCUGACCCACUCCCGGUCCAUAGACCAGUCCUUUCUUCAGUUUUUUGGGGAUGAAUUUCUUCGCCUGCUUCUCACAAGAUUUAUCUUCUGUUCAGCUACAAUGAGGAUGCACAAAAUCUUCCGGCAGGAGACUCGAAAUUAUCCCGAAUCUUACCCUCAGCUGCCAAGAGAUGAAACGGUGGAGAACCCUCACCUCCAAAAGCACAUUUUGGAGCUGGCUUCCAUACUGGAUGUUAGGAAUGUUUUCCUGGAAAACACCCUCGAUGACUAUUAAAAGAAACUGUCUUAUUGCAAAGGGGUUUCCCUGGCCACAGAUUUUGAAUGGUGCAGUUUUAUAAUGUGAAAAUCAUAAAAGGAAGUACUUGAUUUUAUUUUUAAAUUUAGGACCAUUAUUUUAAAAAGUAAUAAUAAACAGCUGUUAGUUGAGCUGUUCCAUUCUGUAUGGGGUCAAUUUUAUAAGCAGAAGUUUUCAUGUCUUUUAAAUGUUAAACUAAAGAAUCACUAGAGGUUUAUUUCUGGUCUUGUGGCUGUCAACCACAUUUCCAACAGCUGAUCCUAAGCAUAGAAGUAUUAUUGGUUACCUUUAGCCCACAUUUGUGGAAAUCCUUUAUUUUUAUACAAUUUUAAGAAAUUGGAAAGAAAAAAAUCAACAGAAAAACCAAUAUUUUAUCCCCAAAGAGUUUGGAUUUGAAAUGGUAAAGAUGGAACCACACAGUGCAAACCAACAAUAGCAAUAACAGAGUCCUUCAUAACAAAUAUAUUUUUUCAGUCUUAGGCAAGUGAGGAGACAAAACUGUGGACAAUUAAGUUGCAUUUGGAGCAGUGGCUUUCAAGUGAAGUUGUAAAGAUACUUAAUGCUCCCUGUAAAUUGGACACAGCAGUUUUCCAUAUGAACUGUGUCCUGCUGGCCAAGGACCUGGUUGGGCAGGUGGUCAAGUUACAGAUGCCCAAGGCUGGCCCCCACCUCUUACUGUCCUGUGGGUCAUCUUGCCAUUUGUGUUGCUGCCACAGGAGGACAGGGAAUUCUUCAUUUUGAGAUACUAUGUAGAAAUUCUGACAUUUCCAGGAGGUGUUACCCCUCCUUUCCCUGCGUGGGUGGAAUGUGUGGCUCCCACAGUGUGAGCACUCCCUGAAAGGAGCUGAAAGGACGUCCUGUACAGUGCUGAGUACAAGCCCUUCCCAUCACUUGUGUAUCCAACCCUGCUGUGCUGGAUCCCCGUGCCCCAGGAGAGGUGCUGAUGUUCCCCUUGCAGGUUAAACCAAGUGGGAGCUGCCAUAACCCCGUGGAUGUUUUGCAUGUCCCCCACUGCAGCUCAGUCCUGCCCUGGAACCAGGAGAACCGAGGGGCUGUAACUGUGGCAGCACCGUGGGCUCCCCAGCCCGUACCCUCGGUGUGGGGGUGUGGAGGAGGACAGUGGCCCCUGGGGAGGUGCUGGCUGGGGAAGGCUGUUCUGGCUGCUGGGAACAGUGCUGGCUGGCUCAUUUGGGACUGUACUGCUGCCCUGCAGGUAGAGGAGCUCUGGCAGCUCCUGGCAGGGCAGGUGUGAGCAAGAAGGAAAUGGAGAUACUUUAAGCUAUUAAAUAAAAAAGUUUAUUGUCACUGUUCCAUGGUCUGCUAGAAAAGAAGUGGAAGGACAAGUCUGAUCAGUGCUUUUUGUUGAAGCCCAGCCAUGCCUCUGUGUUUAGGUAAAAACAAAGCAGAACUUGCUGACUGCCAUGGUAUCCUGGCAGGCCUUUGUGCAGUGCCAUCACCCAAGGUGUGGUCUAGUCAGCCACAACAGCACUGGUGGAUCCAUUCAGCUGAGGGCACAGGAUGGAACAGCAGGAAUGGCUGGAGUGUAGCUGGGGAGUUUGCAUGAAGGUUCUCUGUAGCUGGGCUGAAGCUUGCACCAUCUAUUCUUUAUUUCCCAAGUGUACAAAAUCCUGUGAAUGCUCGUGUUUGUCCUAAGCAGUCUUGAAGCUGGUACCUUGAGCCCCCCCAACUUGGUGCUGCCCUUUGGACUCUGGCAGGACUUCAUUUCCUGGGCUGUGGAGUUUGUUUUAACGAGUGUGUGUUUGUGUGUGUGCAUGUGUGUUCUCGGCGUUUGUGUGUGUAUGUACAGUACACAUACAUCUACUGGCUGGUGUAAAUUGUAAAUAUGUAUAUAUGUAUAGGUACUUGUAUAUGUAUUAAAAAGAAUGAACCACUACAAUGUCUAUAUACAAAAUUUAUAUAUACACACAUACGCCAUUUUGGGUGGAUUCCACAAGGUGCUGCAGAUCAUUUUUGGUUGUAGUAAAGGUUAUGGCUCUUUGCCAUUGUGAUUUGCUGUUUCCAGGGACUUACCCUUGGACCUUGAGGUAAUUCAUGACUGAUUUGAGGUACAAGAGCCCUUAGUUAGCCACGGGAAUGGGUACUCCUGUAUGUAUUAGUGGUAAGAUUCAUGUAUUAACUGUGAAGCUGAUCUCUGCCUUCCUGCCUGGUAGGAGGUCCCCAGUUACUAAAACAUGGGAUUGUAUGUGGAAGCUGAAGGUACAGGAAGCCUUUAAUGCAGCAGGGAGUGAGAGGUGGGUUAUCUGUUGCCCUGCCUGCUGUUCCUCCCCCAGCAGUGUUCAGCUUGCAUGGAAAAAGGGAACUGAGUUUUCCCCAGCUCACUGCCUUCCAACCAAAUGCUUUUGCUUUGCUUUAGCUUUUGCUUUUAUGAAGCUGUUCUCAUUUUGGUUCCAUCUAUGUGGAAAACAGUAUGCUGUUUCCAAGCAUAGGAAUGAUGAUGAUGAUUCCAGUCGUGUGGGCUGGUGAACCUCUGGGACGUUGCUUGUGAACUGACUGGGAAAGCCCUGGGUUCCCACCUUCAUUUUAGCCAGGCUGAAGUGGGGAGUCCUUGCUUGUGACCUGAGAGGCUUCUACUCCAGUUUGCAGCCCUUCAAGGAGGUUCUGUUUGCUUGUUGCCAAGGUAGAUCUCAUCAGAGGAAAAUGCACUUUUUUAAAAAAACUGAACUUUUAAAAAGCCCUGAAGAAGGUGGAAUGUAGGAGGAGAAUGUAGUCCUUGAAAAUUAGUUCAGAAGUUGUACUUAUCAGCAAAGACUUUCCAAGUCAAAAAUUCAUUCUCGAGGUUCCUCAUUCUCCUCUUACCUGCUGAUCUUUGUUAGAAGGUCAGUGCUGGCAGGGACAUUCAAAGAUAGAGGUUUCACUCCUGUUGUGUUGGGAGGAGUACGGAAUUGUACUGUGUAAGCAAAGGGCUCUUACCCUCUGCCUGCUCUAGCUGUAGCUAGGAUGAGUGUCUGGUCUUGGAUUUUGAGCCAGCCCCCUCCCUUCCCGCCCAAAGCAACUGCAACCAAGAUGAAAAUGUUGAUAUUUUCCCCUCCAAGUAAAAGCUUGUCUUGUUUGAACUAAGUCAUUCUAAACUCGUGCUACUGUGUGCUCUGUGCUAUGGUCGUAGGUACCUCGGUGUAUGCUUGUGUGUACUGAAGAAAAUCUGGUUUCUGUAUCUCGCAGUCCUCAGUGUGGAAGCGAAGCAAAGACUGAACCAUUUUUAAGUGAGAAGAGAACAAAUCCUUUUCUUCUCAGGCCUGCUGCCUUCCCUCUUGUCUCGCUCUCCCUUUCUCCAUGUAUCUUUAUUGCUCAUAUUAACGGAGAAGACUUGCCAGCACCAGGCAAUGCCAAAUUAAAGGGGUAAAUUCUGCAUGUAAUACAUUGAGAGGAGAAGGUGAACUGGACCAACUGUGUCCUUAUGGGACUGCUCCUGCCUGGCUCCCUACUCCCUGCAUGUGGUGUGCUCAGAUGAAUCCUGCUCCCACAGUAGGCACCUGCUCAAAUUGUUUGUGCUCCUGCUCAAAUUGGCUUUGAACAUCCUGCAAAGUUACUGCUGUUGCCUUUUUUCGCCCUUUGACUUCUCAAAAUAACAGUGACAGGGGAAUGCAGGGUUAUGAGUCUUUAAUGCUCUGGUUUUUAUUUGCUGUUGGGAUGUGAUGUGUCAUUUUGCUUCGUGCACAAGCUAAAUGGAGCACUAACUUCCAUGAGCUGUGCAAACGGGACUUGCUCCCUGGAGUGCUUUCUUGAGAAGUUCCAGGACAUUUCUUUGAGUAGUUUGUCAAAAUAAUGUCUGUCAAGUCACGACUGACUAAACCUCUCAAGACUGUUCCCCAGGGAGAUGUGCAGAGAUGUCUUUUAAGGAUCACAGGAAAUAGACGGGGGCAACAGGAAAUUAGGUUCCAAAUAAUCAUCUUCAAAGGCUACAACUUGAGUAGCUCUGGUCAGGCUUCUCCCCUAAGGAUGGGGUGGAAGUGCUGCUCCAAGAUCCAUCCCUGGCAUGAGCUGGGAAGCAUCUCCCCUGCCCCGCCACCUCCUGUGUACUGUAACCGUGCUGUGCUGCAAGUCUGCUCCUUCCAGGAAGCUAAAAAUCUUGGCAUCUGUCUGAACAACUGUUUUGUCUUGAGGCUUCUUUUGUAAAAGCUUUCUCUGUGUUCAGUUCCUCAGUCAGUGUCCGAGUGCAGCUCAGUGGGGCAGCAGCAGCUGAGCCUCGCUCACCCAGUGGUGCCGGGGCUGCUCCUGGGGCUGAGGGAGCUCUGUAGACAGGAACAGUUGUGUGAACAAGGGAAAAAUCUAGUCUAGAGAGCUGAAAGCUGCUCUGUGCACCUCGGUAAGGUCAGGCUCUCCAGAGCAGAUUAUAUACUCCCGAGAGGGCUCUCUUACAUUGGUAAUAUCUGACUUUUAAAGCAAUACUGUUCUGUGACCAGAUGUAUUGCAAGUCCUUUGAGGAUCUGGGUGUCCACUAGUGAAGCAGGGGAGGAACAUAUCAGACAUGUAACUGCUUUAGAUUUAGGAAUGCCAGUCAGCCGUGUUUUGUUUUCCCCUCUAAACCAUUACUUUGCCAAGACAGAGGAGAUCUAAUUCGAGGCCUGUGAAUCUGACUGACCUUUUUGGGGAUUAAGGACUGUCUCUGAAUUCUGCCCAGAUGCACCCAUAGAUGUUUUAUUCCCAUUGGGAGCAGACCCCAGCACAGCUCCCUGGCCUGCAGGAGCCCCAGAGCAGAGCAGACCUCACCAGCCCUGUACCAGCAGCUGUUCCUUCCAGAAUAAACCCUGCUGGGAGGAUCUGCCCCAUUGACUUCGCAGGUCGCUUUCAGCACGUGUUUAUCAUCGUUUCUCCGUUUAAGGGGUUUGUAGGGAGCAGGAUUCCGCCUCAUGCAGGCUGAAAAGCACAAGUUGCUUCUGCCCUGGGCAAGACCCGGUGAGAAGGACGAGGGGAGCACAGGUGGGAGUGUCUGGGAGCGUUCUGGGAAUGCAGAGGGACCGUGCCUCGGGCAGCACAGCUGCAGAGGUACAGUGUUUUGCCUCUCUGAGAAUCAGAUUAUUUAUUACCAAAAGUAAUUUUAUAGUGAAUUGGUUUAAAGUUAUUUUACAGCUGUGUGCCUGUAUAUCGUAUUUUGGUAAAAACAGAUAUUUUCCUUGAAAUAUAUAGAGAUAUAUAAAUAAACUUUUUUUGGAGCAAAUGGACUUUUUUGCAAGGGAUGUGUAAUCGCCAAAGCAGCGUGAUGCCAGAAGCGACUCUGCCGUUGUUCUGGGUGUCUGUGGAGGGAAGCAGCGUGUUUGUGUUACCGCCGGACCCUGCGGGAGGAGGAAGAGCCGCACCUGGGACCUGCCGUUUCUCGCUGUCCGAGCCGACGCCCCCGGUCCGGGCGGGUCACAGACCGAGCGCCGCCCCGCGUCCUCGCCGCCGCCUCUCCGCCUUUCCAGAGACUUUGGAGCAGAUUCCCGUUCGCUUUUGUCCCCGCCGCGCCGGGGCCGCUCCCGCCCGGCGCUCGCGGUUGUGCCGUGUCCGAGCCGUUCGCUGUCCCUGUGCCGGGGCUCGGCGGCCCCUCCCCGCCCCUGUCCCGGCCCCGCCGAAGGACUGUGCUGUCAAUAAACUGUGGAAAACGCUCGUA